AUGUUCUCCAUUCGAAAUUACAUUUUUCAUUUGCAGUCUUUUAAAGUUGUUGUAAAACGAGUGACAAAGAACACAUUUACCUACCUUAAUCUCACCAAGUUCAGUUGGAUUUGUAAACCAAUCCUGAUCCCAAAUGCUUUUAAUCGACCGGAAUCGAAAUUUGCCGCUACUAUAUACACAUUAUCCAUUAUAAUCCGUAAAAAUUUUCACCUGGCAUUAUUCAACCAUACCCUACUCUACAAAUUGGAUUAUUUACAAGUGUUCUUGGAUGAGCUAUCUCGGGUUGCAAGUGUUUAUCAUCAUUUAUUAAGUAUUAUUCACCAGCUGGUAACUUGUCGUUUGAAUCCCAUCAGUCGUCAACGUGGCUGGACCAAAUCAGUGAAAAUUCGAACUCACCUCACUUUAUUGCAAAUAACUGCCAAUAAAGUGACUUUCCUGAGACAAGUAAAGUCAAGAUUCACUAUUUGGCACAUUAUCGCAACAGGUAAAGCAAAUAAUUUAUUAAAUUUGAUUAAGAGAAAUUCCAGGGUAAGGUCGUUGUUGCUGAUAUUUACAGAAUGCAAUGUUGCAUUUCUUACAUCAUAA